GAUUGGAGGAGGGCAGUUUUCAUUGGAGGGCUUGCGGGGAGCGGGGCUGAGUACAUUGUUGGGGAAGCCGCAGAAAUGGCUUUCGUUAGGUCUUUCCGAGGGUCCCAGCGGUUUGCGAGUGCUUGUUUAAGGCAGCAGAUCUUGGACGCAGGCAGAAAUGGCGGAUUACUUUCACGCCACUUCAGCGGAACAUCUAGGAGGUGCAAGGACUUCCGCCCCGCCACAUCGCAGAUGCCCAAGCUGACUGACAUCGGGAGCCGCCCGCUCUACAACUCAGAUCAUGACAUGUUCCGGGAGUCGGUCAGAAAGUUCUUCGAUCAGGAAGUGAAGCCUUACCACGCACAGUGGGAGAAGGACGGUGAAGUGAGCCGCGAGGUGUGGCUCAAGGCUGGCGAGCAGGGCCUGCUCGGCGUCAACACGCCCGCAGAGCACGGCGGUAUUGGCGGCGACUGGCUUGACGCCUCCAUCGUGCUGGAAGAACAAGGGUACAGCAACUGCACCGGUCCGGGGUAUGCCAUGCACUCCGACAUCGUCAUGCCGUACAUUUCCCACUACGGCACCAAGGAGCAGAUAGAGAGGCUGCUGCCGGAUAUGACGGCUGGCAAGAAGAUCGGCGCCCUGGCCAUGACCGAGCCCGGAGCAGGCAGUGAUCUGCAGGGUGUUCGCACGACCGCCGUUAAGGACGGCGACGACUAUAUCUUAAAUGGCAGCAAGGUCUUCAUCACCAACGGCUACAUGUGCGACGUGGUGAUCGUGGUGGCCAUCACAAACCCGACGGCCAAGUCUCCGGCGCACGGCAUCAGUCUCUUCCUGGUGGAGGAGGGCAUGCCAGGCUUCCGCAAGGGACAGAAGCUGCAGAAGAUGGGCAUGAAGGCACAGGACACGGCUGAGCUGUUCUUCGAGGACGUCCGUCUGCCGAAGUCGGCACUUCUGGGCAAGGAGAAUGGCGGUUUCUAUCAGCUCAUGCAGGAACUUCCCCAGGAGCGUUUGUUGAUCGGCAUCAUGGCCAUGGCCAACUGCGAGUGGGCGUUCGAAGAGACUCGUGAAUACCUGAUCAACAGAAAGGCUUUUGGCAAAACCCUCAGCAAUCUGCAGACGAUCCAGCACCGUCUGGCGGCGAUGAAGACGGAGCUGGCCGUGUGCCGCGCCUUCACUGACCAGUGCGUCGAGCUGCACGCGAAGGGAAAGCUCGACGGCGCCAUGGCCUCCAUGAACAAGUACUGGAUCACGGACCUCCAGAACCGCAUCACCUACGAAUGCGUUCAGCUGCACGGCGGCUGGGGCUACAUGUGGGAGUACCCCAUCUGCAAGGCCUACGUGGAUGCCAAGGUCCAGACAAUUUAUGGUGGCAGCAACGAGAUCAUGCGGGAGCUGAUUGCUCGACAGAUUGUGUCAAAAAAGUAGGCGCGGGUGUACACUCUCGUAAUCGCAACCGACCCUACUGUGUUUUGAUUUUUGUGAGGUAUAUCAAACCAAGUAACGGAUUUAUGGCACUGUGGAAUAAUUGAGUCAUGAAAUGAAUUAUUGGACCUGUUCCUGGAUGGCGCCUGAGUGUUGGUCGCGUGCGCAAGAAUAUUAUUACCAAUACUGUAUCGUAGCGUCUUAUUGAUACGGUGGUUUUUCGGGUUGUGUAGAUAAUUGCGAAAAGAAACGUUGGUCGCUUCGUCCGUGCACGUCUUAUCGAGUAACAAAUGUCAGGUGCAUUUUGUGAUACUCUAACAUUUCAAUGCAAUUGUGGGUACAAUGAAGCAAAAGCCAGCUCCUUCAGUUUUGCUCAGAAGAGUCAAAACUCAGUCACGUGACGUUUCGUUAAAAUACAAAUCGUGCAAGGA